GGACACAAAAUAAUAAUUCGUGAUUCCACUUCAUGACAUGUCAUUGUUUUAUUGCUAAAUUAUUAUCUUUCUGGAAAAACGAUUUCGUGUGCCGACCGACUCCUCUUAGUUCGAAGAAUACAAAUGUUUGUUUCUUACAAUUUGCGAAGUGGCGAUUGUUUCCGAGGAAUAUUAUCUUAUUUUUCCUCCCACAUCUUUGGAAUAUUAUCAUUAUCAUACAUCAGCAUAUCGCUCAGCUCAGGUCAAAUAGUCAAAGGUUAAAUUAGUUUCUAUCAGUUCAAUUCAACAAUGAUCUAUUCGGGCUCAGUAAGAUUGUGUCACGACGUUAGGCUAUACAGUAAUAAUGGAAGCUCUUGUUUUUGUCUUAAGCCUAUGACUGGUGAUCGAGUAUGUUUUGUUGCCAUCAAUCUUUUGCCACAUGGUUUGAAGCGGGAUUCUUCAGCACUUCUUUCCAGAUUACACUCCCCACAUAGGCCUCUACCUUCUAGAUGUAAUGCUUUGCCGUGCCGGUGUUCUCUAAUACCAGCCGGAGGGUGUGAGCUACCACUUGUGAAAGUGGCUACUGUUUCGUUGUCAAGGUCAUAUAAUGCUAUAUUAGGAAAACCAAGUGUGCUUCAAUUGAUCCCUGCCAUUGGUAUUAUUGGCUUUGCUGUUUUUGGUCUUGAGCCGCUCCUGCGCCUGAGCAGGAAUCUGUUUCUCCAAGAAAGGGCUGACAGAAGUUGUAAGAGAAGUAGUUCAUGUUAUAUUUUUACACCUUAUUUUAAACCUUUGCUGCUAUGGACUGGGGUAAUGCUCAUCUGCAGGGAUUUAGAUCCACUAGUGCUGCCAUCAGAAACCAGCCAGGCUGUGAAGCAACGGCUGCUGAGUUUUGCAAGAUCUCUGUCAACUGUGCUGACAUUUGCUUACUGUUCUUCAAGCUUAAUUCGACAAGCACAAAAAUUUUUUAUGGAGAAAAGUGACUUCAAUGAUGAAAGAAAUAUGAGCAUUGAUUUUACUGGGAAAGCUGGAUUUACUGCUAUAUGGGUUGCUGCUGUGUCAUUGUUCAUGGAGUUGCUGGGUUUCUCCACACAGAGGUGGUUGACUGCUGGUGGUUUGGGCACAGUAUUACUUUCCCUUGCAGGGCGUGAGAUAUUCACAAACUUCCUUUCAAGUGUAAUGAUUCAUGCAACUCGGCCAUUUGUUCUGAAUGAGCGGAUUCAAACAAAAAUUAAAGGAGAUGAGGUUUCCGGUAAAGUUGAGCAUGUGGGCUGGUGGUCACCAACAAUAGUUAGAGGUGCUGAUUGUGAAGCAGUUCAUAUUCCUAAUCACAAGUUGAGUGUAAAUGUUGUGAGGAAUCUUAGUAAGAAAUCUCAUUGGCGCAUCAAGACUCGCCUUGCUAUCAGUCACUUGGAUGUUAACAAGAUUCAUAGUAUUAUAGCUGAUAUGCGCAACGUUUUGGCCAAAAAUCCUCAAGUAGAACAGAGAAAAUUGCACCGAAGGGUUUUUCUGGAGGAUAUUGAUCCAGAAAAUCAGGCUCUUAUGAUAUUAAUAUCUUGCUUUGUUAAAACUUCACGUUCUGAAGAGUACCUCCGUGUAAAGGAGGCAAUCCUAUUGGAUCUUCUCAGAGUUAUCAGCCAUCAUCGAGCUCGGCUAGCCACACCCAUUCGCACAGUUCAGAAGAUGUGCAGUGAUACUGAUUUAGAUAUUGAUACAUUUGAUGACACCAUUCCCACUCAUUCCAGAUCAAAGAAAAACCGUUCUUUCCCACUGAUAGAACCACAUUAUAAAGUUAAGCCUUCAACUCAUUCAACUAUUACAAGUGAGGGCAAAGAUGCCAAGAUUAAUGAAACCUUGGCAUCUGACUUCAGAGUUGAAUGUCACAAAUUUACAGAGACAUCAAACCCCACAUCAAUAUCUCAUGCUGAAACCCAUAAUAUGGAUCUUGACAUUUCAGUCCAAAAGACCUCCAAGUCCGUCCAGCCCAAAAAGGGAAGAGCAGGAAACACAGGAAAGGGAACAACAUCCAAAAAUUUAACAUCCAAUGAGUCACAAGAUGAAGAGAAGUUUAUGGUGUCAUCAUCAUCGGUUAGUCCUUCCUUGGAAGAGAAUAUUGUUCUUGAUGCUGCUCUGCGGGGAUCAAAGCGAUCUCUUAGAAUUGAUGAAGAAAUGAUUCAAUCUAUCCCUAAAGAAUCCCAAGAAUUUGCAGUCCAACAGAAUGGGCGUGGCCCUCCCAUUAGCAAGGAUAAGAAGAAUGGUGAGCAGAGUAGAUGUUGAUGCUUAAUAGAGCAGAGGCCUUUGGUUGAACAACAGCAACAACAACCAAACUUUAUGUUAUUAGAUGAGGUUAGUUACAUAGAUUACACGAUUUCAUUCAGUUAGACGUUGAAGUUACACAAAUUAUCUAGCUGCCUUUUUUAAGCUGGGCAUUAUGCAUUGGAUUAUCCAUAUGUACAUCCGUAGAAAUGGAUCAUCUACAUGUUCAAUCUUGUGUCUAUUUUGAUCUAUUAAAUCUUAGGUAGGUCCUUCCUAUUUGCGGUUUAUCAAGAGAAAGACAAUAUUUAAG